AUCGAUAGCGCUGACGGGCAGCGGCAGCCGACUCGCCGCCGCCCGGCCUCCUUUGUCCCCUCCUCUCCCCGCCGCGCCCAGCCCAGCCGGCAGCGCGGAGCGGAGCGGGCCGGCCCGGGGAUCCCCUCCCCGCGCCGCUGAGGUCGCCAUCUUCACCCCCAGCCCGCCUCAGAACCUGCCGGCCGGGCUCCCGGGAGGGCGGGAGGGGGCCUGCGCCGCGCCCGCCCGCUGCAUGUGACCGCCGGGAGGCAGCGGCCUCCUCCGCGGAUCUCGUCUGCGUCCUCCUCCGCCCCCCAGCGCGGCGGGGAGGGGGCGCGGGGGUGCCCGGCAGCUGGGAACGGAGGUGCCGGGGCGCGGCGGGCAGACAAAGGAGCGGGCACCGCCGUGGGCAGCGGUCAGGAUAACAUAAGCUCCUGCAACUUUUAACUCUGAAGUUGGAUGUGCAUUAAACUAAUUGGGGAUCUCUUCAGUAACUUGCUGCUUGAAGAAAGGACCAGAGUAACUGAAGUUUUACAAUUCAGGUACUCUGUAAUAAACUUGUGUUCUACCUUAUUCUCUGUGCUUCUGAGCAUCAUUCAUGAGGUUCACGUAACGCUAGGGACCAAAGAAGCAUAUGUAACAUUUCUGUGGUGCUGGGACCAACCUUCUGAAAGAAGACUCUAAAACAACUAUUGCCUUCAAGUUAUUUGCCCUGGGACUGCCUUGAGUUUGGAGAAGAUAUCAACAGAGAAAAGAUUUUCACAUUUGAACAAUUACAAAUAAACCUAUUUAAAGAACUUAGUACAGAACCUGGAGACAGAUUUAUAGAGGUUGAGUCCUGCUUUUCAUCUGUGAAACUUCAUCGCUUCAGACUGUCAACAAUGAGUGAGUUUUGGUUGUGUUUCAACUGCUGUAUUGCAGAACAGCCUCAGCCUAAAAGACGACGGCGGAUUGACCGAAGCAUGAUUGGGGAGCCAACAAACUUUGUUCACACAGCUCAUGUGGGAUCAGGAGACCUGUUCAGUGGAAUGAAUUCGGUCAGCUCAAUUCAGAAUCAAAUGCAGUCCAAGGGAGGCUAUGGAGGUGGCAUGUCUGCAAAUGUUCAGAUGCAGCUUGUAGAUACAAAGGCAGGAUAGCCUUCGGGAAACCCUUCCAGUUUAUGUGAGUUCCUGUAUCUUCUUCCCUGUGUCCCCUCUUUUGCCUUGGUGACUGCUUUCUGUGCUUAUGACAAGAGAAGUGAUGGCUCAUUGUUCACCCUUUGUGAUUACUCCAGUGAAGAUUUGCUGUUCUGCUCUGAUGAUGCCAUUUAUCAGAUUGGUCUGACCGUGCCUUUUGGUGGCAUGCACACAUUGGCCUCUACCAGUAUCAUGGACAUAGAGCUGUUUAGGAUGGGUUUUAAGUUUUUGUUUGCCUUAAGGCAAGUUAAAGCACCAACCUUAUAUUCCCUCAUCCCUCAGAAAUAUUAAUGCACAAGAUUUGGUUGCUUUUUAGUCUUUAAAUUUUUUUUUCACUCAAGUAAUUUAGAAACAAGUGAGUUUCCACUAAUGUCUUCAGUCAUCUGUUGUUCAUACCCAUCUUUUAAAGGUCUGCGACCUGCAAGCACAAAUGAUUAUUUCAUACAAAAUCAGCAGAGUAGAUGACUGCAUGCUUUGUGAAGUUGCUUUGUAUGGUGGCCUGCUUGGUGCUAGGAGAAAAAAAAAACUUGCCUACUGCAGACUGGUGAGAAACUUUGCUGUGGCACCAAGUCAUGCCUGUUCCUGAAAAAGGACUUGUAACUUAGCUGCUUCAGAGUUAUGUCUUCAUUUUAGUUUUCAUCCAGCUGGUCUUGAAAUAAUAAAGAGAGAGCUUGCAUUCAUGAGGCAUUUGUUGUAAAUGUUCGGUAUAUUUAUUUUGAAAGAGCUGAUCUGAAGACUGUAAAUCAGUGUAGUACCGUAUCUAAGUGUUGUGGAAACACUUCAGUCUGUUUAAAAAGAAAAGAAAAGCAUCAUGUUUGGCUGCUCUUUUUUCUUUUUACCAUUUUUCUUAAUUCUGGGCUGUAUGUUUGUUUCCAGCAACAGCAUGUCAGACUGCCUGCAAUAUUAGCUGAAAAGUUUAGUAGACCUCUCUAAGUAGUUGGCAGUUUCUGUGUACUAAAUGUUUAGGGGCCAUGGGAGUUGCCGAGAGCAACAUACUAACCUGGCAGAACAGAUGCCGAUUAAAACAACAUACAGGGUGACUUUUUACUAAGUCAGUAAAACGCCUUUUGCUCAGGUUCCAAAGCAUGUUUCUUUCACAUGUUGUGAAAUUGUAUUUUAAUAUUGCACUGUUUUCAGAUUAUUGCUGUAGAUUGUCCCUUUUUUUCCUCCUUGUUGGUGGUUUGAGCGAAGUCAAUGAUUGAGUCCUGGUUGAGUUAAAUUUUUAUGUGGUUGAAAAAACCCACCCAAACAAAUAAAGCAUAACUGAGCCUAGUCAAAUCCAUUUUUAUACACAUACACGCAUGUAUUCAUAAAUACAGAUUGCCGUCAUAUAUGAUUCUUUAUUCUUUUUCCAUCCUUUCCCUGAUUUCACUUUGCAACAGCUGUCAGGUUGAUUUAAACAUGUAUAAACCUACCAACUCUGCUCUCACAGUUUGCAAAGAACAUACAAAAUGCAGGGCCGUGGAGGUAGUUUGCCUUCUCUCUGUUUUCCUCCAGUGGCAGGUGUCAGUUGUCUGGUUGAAUAGUUUGAACUAGGUUGGAUAGUCUUCACUGAUAAAGGUACUGAUUUGUCAUGACAGAAGAUCAAGAUGUUCAAUUGUCUGGGUGCAUAAACAUGUGGCAGUGCAGUGAGUUUUGUUUUUUUUUUUCCAGUGAUCAACAUGUCCAGUGCCACUUUAUCAAUGAGUCUUAACUACAUUUUGGUUAUGAAAUUAUUUGAGCUUUGUCACUGGUAAUAGCGGCUUAAAUUGCUUGCCAAACAUAUCUUGCACUUGUCAAAAUGUUUUUGGCUCAAUAGCCAGGAAAAAAAAAUUGACAUAUUUUUAUAACAGACAUAAUUUGUACAUUGUGUUCAUUCUUGAAUAAAGUCAGUUCAGUGUUGGCUUGUAGAUAUUAAAAGGAAAGUAUUGACUUUGAUUCAAUAAAUGUUUUCUUUCA